AUGAGUCCCCACGCGGGGCUGGUGAGCCGCCUGCGGGCAGCCUGGCUCUCGGGGAAGACGUGGCCCACGGAGCACUGCGCGGCCCAGCUGGAGGCCCUGGGACGCUUCCUGGAUGAGAAGAAGCAGGACAUCGUGGAGGCCACUGCCUUGGACAUGGCCAGGCCACCCUUUGAAGCGGAGCUCUCUGAGAUCUCCAUUUGCAGGAGGGAGCUCAACCACACGCUCAACAGCCUGGGCACCUGGAUGAAGGACGAACACGUGGAGAAGAACUGGGCGACACAGAUGGACUCAGUCUUCAUCCGCAAGGACCUGUAUGUGGUGCUCAUCGUCGGGCCCUGGAACUACCCCAUUAACCGCCUCUUGGUGCCCCUCAUCGGGGCCAUCGCUGCCGGUAACUGCAUUGUCAUGAAACUCUCCGAAAUCUGCAGGAACGUGGAGAGGUCAGUGGCUGAGACGUUGCCCANNNCCCUGUCACAGGACUGCUUUGCCGUGGUGACUGCUGGCGUGGAGGAGACCCCCAGACCGCUGGAGAACAAGUUCGACAGCGUUUUCUUCACCAGCCGCCCCUCCGUGGGGAGGAUUUUUUUUCCAGUCCCGCCGCCCGCGCUGCUGGAGCUGGGGGGCAAGAACCCCUGCUACGUGUCUGACACCUGGCUGGUGGCCUGGGGCCGCUUCUUCAACGCGGGGCAAACCUGUGUGGCAUGCGACUACGUGCUGUGCAGCGCGGAGAUGCAGGAGAAGCUGCUGCCCACCCUGCGCGAGGCCAUCAUCGAGUUUUACGGCCCCAACCCUCAGGAAUCUCCCGACUUCUCCCGCGUGGCAGGGGACAAGCGGUUGCAGCGGGUGCAGGCGCUGCUGUGCAGUGGGGACACGGCCAUCGGAGGACAGACGGACGCAGAGGCGCGCUACAUUGGUGAGGGCACGGGGCGUUCCGCCGGCAGGAGGGCAGAAGCGCAGGGGUCCUGCUGGAUGCGACCCGGCGACCCUGCCAUGCAGGAGGAGACCUUCAGGCCCGUCCUCUUGGUGGCCAGCACAGACGACGCCAUAGCCUUCAUCAACGCCCGGGAACGGCCACUGGCCCUCUACGUCUUCUCCUCCUGCAAGAAGGGGCGGAGCUGGGCUGGGAGCAGCAUCCCCCUCAGCCUGGGUCGCAUCCUGCUGCGUGGGUCUGGAUAA